AUGUCCUCUUCCUCGGGUACUGCGUCUACUUCAAGUGACCCCAGCUUCAAGACCUGGCUUCAAGAUCGAAGAAAGAAACAGAAGCUUGCUAAGGAGAGAGCUUGGCUUUCCAGGUUGCCUAACUUAAAAGAUGCUGCAUACGUCCAGAAAUUCUUCCUUAAAGAGAUACAGUGUGGUGAAAGGUUAUUAGGAAGCAUGUGGCCAAAUCAAAUACUGUGUGUGGACAGCUUCAGCCGAUGCUGCAAGUGUUUACAGCUGAUGCUUCCACCAACUGUCCCAAUUGCUCUGACCAAGCUUCCAACAAUUAAUCAGAGAAUUGUAAUCGCUGAGAACUUGGCUGAAGAUGAUUCAAAUAAGCUGGUUAUCAACAAGAUAAGAUCUGUUAUCUGUUAUAUGAUUUAA